AUGUCUACCAGCCUGACGACCUGUGAGUGGAAGAAAGUCUUUUAUGAGAAGAUGGAGGUGGCCAAGCCAGCUGACAGCUGGGAACUCAUCAUAGACCCCAACCUCAAGCCCGACGAGCUGGGUCCUGGCUGGAAGCAGUACCUGGAGGAGCACGCGGCCGGCAGGUUCCACUGCUCGUGGUGCUGGCACACCUGGCAGUCACCCCACGUGGUCAUCCUCUUCCACAUGUACCUGGACCGGGCCCGGCGGGCGGGCUCGGUGCGCAUGCGCGUCUUCAAGCAGCUGUGCUACGAGUGCGGCACGGCGCGGCUGGACGAGUCGAGCAUGCUGGAGGAGAACAUCGAGAGCCUGGUGGACAACCUCAUCACCAGCCUGCGCGAGCAGUGCUACGAGGAGGACGGCGGCCAGUACCGCAUCCACGUGGCCAGCCGCCCGGAGCACCGCGGGCCGCACCGCGCCGAGUUCUGCGAGGCCUGCCAGGAAGGCAUCGUGCACUGGAAGCCCAGCGAGAAGCUGCUGGAGGACGAGGCCAGCGGCCCCUCCGACGCCUCCAAGCUGCAGGGCCUGGCGGGCUCCCGCUACAACUUCUUCUCGCUGCGCUGGUGCCUCCUCUGGGGCUCCCUCGGCCUGCUCUUUGUCUACCUGCAGUGCACCUUCGGAAGCUUGGGCUUCCUCUAG